AUGGCAUCCAAGUCACACUUGCACUUGCUAUUGCUCAAAGUGAUUGUUCUGCAGAAUUUUUUUACACUCUACUCAUGCAUGGAUAUCCCAAGAAAUACACUCAGCCUAUUUCCAGAGGUUCCAACAAGCAAAUCAUGGACAGAUAAGACUCCAGAGGCCUCAUCAUCAGUCUUGGAGUCUAUCACAGAUGUUAAUGUAGAAGCAAACAAGCAACCUACCCAAUUUUUUACUGUUAGUGAAGAUGGAGUGAAUGAAGAAAAAUCACCCCCGUUGACUGUUUUAGGAUUGAACAUUGAAUCAGAACAAAUUUCUCCAUAUCACCCUGCAACAUCAGCUUGUUCAGCAAACAGCAAAAUGCAAAUGAAGGAAGAUCUUGGCCCAAGCUAUGUAGAAGUUGUCAACUUUUUAACUCCUUCCAAGAGAGAUUUAAUAGCAUCUUCAAUGAAAAUGAUAUUUCAAAUCAUCAAAAUAUUUGGGAUAUUCUCCAAUCCUGAGCAAACCAGUCAAGCUAGACAUUUUUGGACACUAGAGAAGAUCCUACCAUUUUUGUACUUUACUCAAUUUCAAAACCCAUCAUCAGAGGUUUGGGACCGUUGCAUCAUGAUCACAUCUUUGGUGUUUUAUGCUUAUCAUGAGAAGUAUAUCUUCACAGGACAUGAUAUAGAUUACAAUUUGUUUGCAGAAUUUCUAAGAUGGUACACAGAGAACCUAUAUUACAUUCUACAUCCAUCAUUCCAAGGGUUGGUAACACAAGAACAAAGUGAGGGUGGUAAAAUGGAAGAUGGAUUCAAUUUGGAUCCAUUGGCAGUAUGUUUUCUAAUAGUUCAUGAUGAUUUUUUCUAUCAGAAAAAGUUCAGCCAACUUGUUUGGAAGAAACGUUAUCCAAUGGCUCAGAAAUUGGUUUCCAAAUUUUUAGAAGACAAAUCAAAAUGGAUUCACAAUGGUAUCAACUCUCAGCUCUUCAUGAGAUCUAAUCCAUGGGAAGAAUGGAUUAAAAGAUCAGAUAAGAUCAUGCAAGGUUUUGGACAGGAUCUUCUAGGCAAAGAUAUUCAAAAACAAAUCAUUGGCUUAGCAAAUGAACAAAUGACCAAUCAAGUUGCUACAGAGUUCAAUGAUCUUUGGAACAAGUGGACUCCAGAUUUUAAAGACUAUAUAUCAUAUCAAAUCUCUAUCACAAAUGGAAAUCUUUUUCAAUUUGGCCAUGAACUCACAUAUUUCUUAAAGGAUCAAUGUAAAGAUUUGAGAGAAAAGAUUGUUGAAUCAAACAUUUUAAAAUUUUCAACAUCUGUUAGUUUGUUCCUACAGAUCAAAGCCUUACCCAAAAAUCAUGAACUACAUGAGUUGUUCAGUACUAGGUAUUCAAAAUAUAAGUCAAUAAGAAAAUGUGAUGCAGUUUGUCGUAUCAGAAGGAAGGCUAGGGAUGCAGAAGAGCAGAGGAAAAAACAAAUUAGGAUCUAG